AUGGGGUUGGUGAAGGAGAUUACCUCCCAGAACGAGUGGGAAACCUUCGUCGGGUCGCUUCCCAAAUCAACCAUCCUCAUCAUCUUCUUCCAUGCCCCCUGGGCCGCACCAUGCGCACAGAUGGCCAAGGUUAUCGAGACGCUCGCGAAUGACUACUCCGCGAAGGAUGCACCCCCCACGAGCUGGGUUUCUAUCAAUGCCGAAGAGCUCAGCGACGUAUCAGAGAUAUACGACGUCGUCGCUGUACCCUACGUAGUCCUGCAAAAAAACGACCAAGUCCUCGAUGCCGUCAGCGGCAGUAACGCUGCCGCGCUACGGAAGGUCAUCGAGACGCACGCCCCGCUGAAGCCCGACGCCACCAACGGUAACAAGCCAGAUACCAUAGAGGAGGACUCCUUAGACAGGAACGGAGAUGUGCUGAACCCUGAGGAGGAACUUAAUAAACGAUUGACGGGACUAGUCAGCGCGGCUCCUGUCAUGCUAUUCAUGAAGGGCACGCCUAGCGAACCUAAGUGCGGAUUCUCGCGCCAGCUUGUUAACCUUCUUCGAGAGCGCAGCGUCAAGUAUGGCUUCUUCAACAUCCUCGCGGACGACGAUGUUCGGCAAGGUCUCAAGAAGUUUGCGGACUGGCCGACGUACCCGCAACUGUGGGUUUCGGGCGAGCUAGUCGGUGGUCUGGAUAUUGUCAAAGAGGAAUUGGAGAAGGAGCCCAAUUUCUUCAAGAGCUUCAGCGUUUCUAAAGGAUAUGACGCUACCGCUGCUUGA